AUGACAACCCCCAUUUUAAAUUCGUCAAAUUCUUCUGAUAACCACCUGGAUGAUAACAACAAAUCGAAUCCUAAAAAUUUAAAAUUUCAAAAUAUUGUCACAGAUCAGAUGCCCCCUUUACAAUAUUCUUCAACGAUUUCUAAGGGUAUUUCUAGAAACGUAUCAGGAAAUCUUUCUAGAAACGUGUCUGGGAACUUUUCCAGAAACGUGUCAGGUACGUUGUCCGGUAACCUCUCUAGCAACUUGUCCAGCAGCAAUGUCUCUAGAAGUCCUUCGUUCGAUCCAAUUGUAAAUUUAAAACAUUCUCAACCUUUAAGAAAUACUAUAGGUGAUACUUUAACCCGAGUACGAACUGUUCCAGAUGUGACUUCAAUAAAAAAUUCUACAAGCAUCAGUACUUAUAAUAAUAAUUACGAUUCGAGAAAUUUACAACAAGGUAUGAGACUCUCUAAGCCUUAUAACAUCGAUCUUAAUGAUACAAAUCUUUUCAUGAAAAAUUUACAAAUAGGUGGUGGUAGCCCACCUUCAUCCACACAUUCUUCUUCAGUACGACCUACUUUGACAAGAACUAGAUCUACAUCUCAAUCUCAAGUAGAUUUGAAUAAUUCCAUGUAUACUUUAAGAAGUACAUCCAAAGAUAUUUUAGAUUCUAAGAUUAAAAUUGAUAUACAAAAUAUUAUCAUAUUAACAAAAGCAGUAGAUUUAUCGGUAUUAGAUUACACUUUGGGAAUAAUUAAUUGGUUGUUAGAAUUCGAUAAUAAUGUACAAAUCUAUAUCCAUGAUAAUUUUAAACAUAUUAAAGAAUUUAAACCAAAUGUUAAUGUUGGAAAUCAAAAUUUAAUGAAUCGAAUACAUUUUUGGAAUGAAGAUUUUAUUACUUUAAAUAAUCAAUUUUUUGAUUUAGUAAUAACUUUAGGUGGUGAUGGUACUGUAUUAUAUGUAUCAAAAUUAUUUCAAAAAGAUGUACCACCAGUAAUGCCAAUAUCAAUUGGAAAUCAUAUUGGUUUCUUAACAAAUUUCCAUUUUGAUAAUUUUAAAACAGAUUUAACCAAAAUCUUAACACAGCAAGUAAAGAUUACCUUAAGAUUAAGAUUAGAUUGUAGGAUUUUUUGUCAAGUUGAAAAUUGUAAUUUACUUCAUAAAAACAUUGACCCUAAAUUUACUAUUAAUGAAGGUGAAAGUUCUCUAACGGGAAAUACUGUAACAGAAAAUGUUCAAACUUUAAGUACCAAUAUUCAUAAUGCGACAAGUCAUAAUACAAUUAACAAUAUUCAAAAUACUAAUAUUCAAAAUACUAUUGAGAAUUCUAAUUAUAAAAAGGAAAAAAAAUUCGUUAAAAGAAUACAUGUUUUAAACGAAGUUAGUAUAGACCGAGGUAUGAACCCUUAUUUGUCCGAAUUGGAAAUAUAUGGUAAUGGUUCAUUAUUUACAAUAGUUAGAGGUGAUGGUGUCAUUAUAUCAACGCCAACAGGUUCUACGGCUUAUUCUUUAAGUGCUGGUGGACCAUUGAUUCAUCCUGAAAUAAGCGCUGUAGUAAUCACACCUAUAUGCCCACAUACCUUAAGUUUUAGACCUUUAGUAAUACCAGAUACUUUAUCAUUAAAAGUCCAAUUGCAUUCAAAAAAUAGGGGAACCACUUGGGUUUCAUUUGAUGGUAGAAAUAGAGUAGAAUUAUCUGCGGGUGAUCAUAUGUUAAUUAAUGCAAGCCCCUAUAUGUUUCCAGUCAUCGAAUCUAAUCCAGCAGAAUACAUCGAUAGUAUUUCUAAAAAAUUUGAUUGGAAUGCAAGGGAAAAACAAAAACCAUUGUAA